CAUUAAUAUAAAUGCAGCGGUGGAUUGAACCAGUCAUUUUAACUGAAGCUUGAUUUGUUCGUGCUUUUUGCCAGAAGGAUUCAACAUUUAUUUAAUAUCAGUUGCCCUUUGGAAAAACUAUGAAGUUUGCAACAUUUAUCGCUGUCCUCGCUGGCAUAUCAUGUUGCCAUGGCUACAGUUUGGGCCCUCCACUGGAGGCAUGUGGUGACAUGUUUCCAACGGGUCACGGUUUUCAAGCGAGCACUGAUGCUUCCCCGUUCAGCUUCAAUUUGACUAAGAAUACAUACAGCCCAGGAGAAAGAAUUGAAGUGUAUCUGAACACAUCGCAAGAGAUGUAUGGGGACUACUUUAUGGAAGGCGUUUUGAUACAAAUGAGGCCUGUGACGUGUGAAGUGAAAUCCAUUGGUACUUUUUCUGUACCAGACCAGGACGAGUUUUUAAAGCCUUUUAGCUGUUUUGGCAGAGAUGGGAGUGCCCUUCGUCACUAUUCACACCUUCACAUCUACAACCGCACAUUUAGCUGGACCGCACCAAGCCAGUCUAGUGGUCACCUCUAUAUCAGGGCGACCAUUGCUCGAAAUCAGGAAAAAUUUUGGACGAAUGUGUACUCGGAAUAUAUUCUUGACGAGAGUAUCAGUGCUUCAGCGAACCUUACCCAUGAUUGCCCAACAGCCGGCGCCGUGGGGGUAGCAGUCUCCAAUAUUCUAGCUGGGUUCACCGUUGUUCUCACCCUUAUUCUGCUAUAACUUACCUUACAUGUUUAAUGCACAACUAUCACUUUUGUGUGCAUGUUUCAACUUUUCAUUUCAGAGUUGAUGACGAUUAUUCGAAAUAUUUUCCCAUCUCAUGUACUACAAUUAUUCUGCCAUCGUUCAAAAUUGCCUCCAUCAUUUAACUCAAUAGAUAAUUUUCUGUUUACUGUUAGAGUUAGUUUAUGAUACACUCUUGUAAAGAAUUAAAGAUAUCAUAUAUCACCAUCGUAUUUGUUUGAUAUAAUUGACACGUCCAUGCUUAUCAAAAUAAAAUUAAACAGUUUAUUAUCAUUUGCAUGUGUUUUUAAUUUUCAAAACUCUUGCUGUGCUGUCGUUUGAAUACAAUGUGUCUGUGUUGUGAGAUUUAUAUUAAUGGGAAAAUGACAUAUACAUGUACCAUGAAUGUGCUACAUUUUAGCUCUGCAUUUCACCUUGCGGAGUCUGUUUUAUCUAAAUCUAACUGACCAUGCUGGGUACAUGCAAAUCUGACCAUGCUGGGUACAUGCAAAUCUGACCAUGCUGGGUACAUGCAAAUCUGACCAUGCUGGGUACAUGCAAAUCGAACCAAGAAACCCGACGAAAGGAUAAUUUCAUUCGGAUAUAUGCAUUGUUACUGGUAGUGUUACUACAGCAGACCAAUGGUUUGGAUAGAAACAUGAAUUGAUUAACGAUAAACAGCAUAAUAUUGUAUAUUUAAGCUAAAUCGGCAUUUUCUUUGUUAACUAAUAGUUAAACGUGAAUUGUCAAACGAUAAUAUUUUUAUUACUUUCCAUUUGCAAAUUUUGUAUUAUAUAUGGGUAGAUGUUGUGGUCCGCACGUUUCCAAAGGACCUCCUACAAGUGCCUCGCAUAACAACAUCACAUCUCACUCCGGCCAGUGUUUCGCUCUUUGUUUUGUUGGGGAAACAUAGAUGUUUUUGUUUAUUUCGUUAUCUAAUCAGCUGCAGACGGUGCAUUUUGCGGAAGCUUCUUACAAAUGAAAAGUACCAUUUAAUGAAAACAAAAUUUACGCGAGUGUUCUCCCUUAGAAAAUAGGAGGUAAACUAAGGGGUCUUGCGUCUUUGAAGAGUAUUCAAAUUAUAGCAACGGGAAAUUCAUAGGAAUCCUUCACAUCCUAAGUUGAGAUUCACGAACUACUUCUAGGAACGUUUAUAACAAGAAGUUAACUAAUAUUUAUUUAACAGUUAGUGCUUAACGAUUCCUUUUCAAAUCUAUUAAAACGACAAGAGCCUUGUUGGAUGGUUAUAGUACCGAGUCAGUUGCAGCUAUAUACUGAUAUGGAAAUGUGCAUAUGUGUACUAUUUUGUUUGAUUCUCUUGUACUUGUUAACAUAUACUUAAUGUAUAACUUAUUUAUAUUGUGAUUAAUUCAAAGAAAUACUUGUAUGUGUACGAGUAUGCGUGAUAUAGUAUAAAUGAAUGUUUCUUAUGAAUUAGAAAAUAUAGUUCUUUAUUUCUCAAGUGGCCAUUUGAUAGAAAUUUAAUUAACCAACGCAUAUAAUGUAUGCUUUAUAUGACAAACUAUUCUCAUAGUUUAUAUGUACUAGCAAGUUAGAUUUUAAGUCAAAUUCACGACUUUCCGAUACACAUGUUGGGUAUCAAAAUGAAACAUGUAUCUGCCGCCAUGCCAUGUAUGUCUAUUGUAUACACCUAAUUUUCCAUACAUUAUGGUAUGAAAGAAUAAACGCUGUUUGACUUUA